GAGGUACGGACUGACCUGCUUCCGGCAGCAAGGCCGCGCCGGGCGGGAGGGAAUCGCAGGCCGCGGGACCACCGGUGAUGCCAUGUCCCUGCAGAAGAUUCUAUCGGAGAGGAUCGUGGAAGCUCGGGAACUGCUGGAAAGGGCAGAGGCAUUAUCCCAUUCCCGUGCUGGUGGGGUGCAAGGAGGGCCCAAGCUCUGCGGCAAGCUGAAGGCUGAGCUAAAGUUCUUGCGCAAAGUGGAAAUGGGUAAAGUUUCGGUGAAGGAAUCACACCUACAGAGCACAAACCUCACCCAUCUCAAGGCAGUCAUUGAAUCAGCCGAAAGCCUGGAGGAUGUGGUCAGCCUUUUGCACGUAUUUAACUAUCAGGAGCCUUCUGGCGAAAAGCAGUCCCUGGUUGUGGAUGUCGUCGCAAAUGGCGGACUUACCUGGGUCAAGGCUAUCGGCCGGAAAGCUGAGGCAUUGCAUAGUAUUUGGGUGGGGAGGGGCCAGUACGGUGACAAAAGUAUUGUCGAACAAGCAGAGGAUUAUUUGGAAGCCAGCAAGCAGCAGCUGGUGCAGUAUAGUAAUCCACAUGUUGUGUUUGCAUUUUAUAAUGGCAUUUCUAGCCCCAUGGCAGAGAGACUGAAUGAAAUGGGGCUGUCUGUACGAGGAGAUAUAGUUGCAGUGAAUUCAAUGAUUGAUUUCAUGGAGGAGGAUGAUAACUCAAGUGAUUCGUCAGAAGAUCUGGAGGAGCCUUUGCAAGUGACCAAAGUAGACCGGUCUACAAUCGUUGCCAGUGUUGCCUUUCCCACCGAAGUUAAAGUGGAUUUGUGCAAUCGUGUAAAUUUAGAUAUAACCACCCUGAUUACCUUUGUUUCAGCAGUAAGUCACGGAGGCUGUUACUUCAUCUUUAAGGAGAAAGUGUUGACUGAACAAGCUUCUCAGGAAAGGGCGGAGAGCGUCCUGCCCAAAUUGCAAGCCUUUAUGAAGGACAAAGAACUAUUUGCCUGCGAGUCGGCGGUGAAAGAUUUUCACGCAAUUUUGGAAACGUUAGGUGGCCCCGGAGAAAAGGCUCGGGCACAGAAACUACUGCAGCGAAUCAUAGUUGUCCCGGAUCGCCCUUCUGAUCGGGCCUCCAAAUUGAACGUCAGUGCAAAAAUCAACAGUCGCUCGAUUACAAUUUUUGGAACUGGAGAUGCUUUAAAGGCAAUCACAAUGACGGCAAACAGCGGGUUUGUUCGAGCAGCAGACAAUCAGGGCGUGAAAUUCAGUGUAUUUAUUCACCAGCCUAGAGCCUUAACAGAGAGCAAGGAAUCGACAGCAAGUACUUUAUGUACUGUUCAUGAGAAUCUUGGAUGAUGGCGUAGUAAUAUAAAGCAAACUCUUCUGGUCAAAUAUUUACAUUGUCAAGUCUUAAAGAUUGUGGCGUCAUUUUUCAUGGUGAACAUUGAUGCAAAGCCAGUUGCCUCUUGCAUAUCUCAUCCCAGUCUUUCUUUUCAUUGAUGCCAAGCCCUGAGGGCUGUAGAAGAUGUGGGCAGUUAAAGCCCUGUCCCACGGUAUGAGUUCAUUCAGAGUUCUCCCGAGUUCUCCCGAUUCGAACUCGGAGAUUUACGGUAAUGGCCACUCAUCAGUACUCGGGGCUCUCGUGGACAUUUUUCAACAUGUUGAAAAAUCUUCACGAGUCUUCCCGAGCUUACCUGCCAUUAGCGAGUCUUCCUUAGUACCUGCCGUUAGCGUUACGAGCCGCUAAGAGACGUCCCCGAGCUCCGAUGUACCCGCUACAUUUAUUCUCCGUGCUUACCACCAGUUUGAUUUUUGUUUAAACUCGGGGGAGCUCUUGAAUGAACUCGUACAGUGGGACAGGGCCAUUAGACAUUGACAAUUAUGUUGUCCAACCUACUGUUAAAACAGAUUUUUAAAAUGCAAACCAAAUACCAACUAAUAAAUGCACAUUUGGACUGGU